AUGGACGCCAAAGCGCAGCACCUUCGUUGGCUGCGGGAGCAAGAGGCCGGGCGCGAGGUCUUCGUGCGGCCGCUGCCUUUGGAGUCCACCGUGGACGACGUCCAAAAGAUGCUGCUGAAGAAGUGUGGCGAGGUGGCCAUUGAUCGCGUGAAGCUGCUGAAGCAUGCUGGAGGCACGCUCAUGAGCGCCUUUGUCAUCCUCAGCACGGAUGACGAGGCACGGAGUUGCACGCAGCGCCUCAAUGGGGCAACCUACCGCGGCCAGGUGCUGGCCGCAAGCGUGGCGCGGAACCGUGAAGGAGCCAAGAAGGCGAAGGAGCUGUGUAUGUUUUUCUUGGAGGGCAAGUGCCAGCGAGGCGACUCCUGCCAAUUCCUGCACAAAGCGCAGGGGGAGGGCGGGCGGCGGCUGCCCCCCUGCCGCUUCUUCGCGGCAGGAGGCUGCUCUCGAGGCGAGCAGUGCAAGUUCUCCCACGAGAGGCAAGAGCCCGACGAGGAGGCCUCUGAAGAUGAUGCUCCGGCCGGGAAGGACUCUAGAAAAAUAGCUGGCGCAGCUGAGCAACCAUCAAGUGAAGAUGAGGAUGAAUCCACGCCAGAGAACAAGAAAGUGGACAAGCCGAAAGCAGCUUCCUCUGUGGACGCCAAGAAGAAGUCGAUAGCAGAAGAUGCAGAAGAGCCCACUCCAACGAAGAAGAAGCUGGACAAGCCGAAAGCAGCUUCUUCUGGAGAAGCCAAGAAGAAGUCGAUAGCAGAAGAUGCAGAAGAGCCCACUCCAACGAAGAAGAAGCUGGACAAGCAGAAAGCAGCUUCUUCUGGAGAAGCCAAGAAGAAGUCGAUAGCAGAAGAUGCAGAAGAGCCCACUCCAACGAAAAAGAAGAAGCUGGACAAGCCGAAAGCAGCUUCUUCUGGAGAAGCCAAGAAGAAGUCGAUAGCAGAAGAUGCAGAAGAGCCCACUCCAACGAAGAAGAAGAAGCUGGACAAGCCGAAAGCAGCUUCUCCUGGAGAAGCCAAGAAGAAGUCGAUAGCAGAAGAUGCAGAAGAGCCCACUCCAACAAAGAAGAAGCUGGACAAGCCGAAAGCAGCUUCUCCUGGAGAAGCCAAGAAGAAGUCGAUAGCAGAAGAUGCAGAAGAGCCCACUCCAACGAAGAAGAAGCUGGACAAGCCGAAAGCAGCUUCUUCUGGAGAAGCCAAGAAGAAGUCGAUAGCAGAAGAUGCAGAAGAGCCCACUCCAACGAAGAAGAAGCUGGACAAGCAGAAAGCAGCUUCCUCUGUGGACGCCAAGAAGAAGUCGAUAGCAGAAGAUGCAGAAGAGCCCACUCCAAAACAGAAGAAGCAGGACAAGCCGAAAGCAGCUUCUUCUGGAGAAGCCAAGAAGAAGUCGAUAGCAGAAGAUGCAGAAGAGCCCACUCCAACGAAGAAGAAGAAGCUGGACAAGCAGAAAGCAGCUUCUUCUGGGGACGCCAAGAAGAAGUCGAUAGCAGAAGAUGCAGAAGAGCCCACUCCAAAAAAGAAGAAGCAGGACAAGCCGAAAGCAGCUUCUUCUGGAGAAGCCAAGAAGAAGUCGAUAGCAGAGGAUGCAGAAGAGCCCACUCCAAAAAAGAAGAAGCAGGACAAGCCGAAAGCAGCUUCUCCUGGAGAAGCCAAGAAGAAGUCGAUAGCAGAAGAUGCAGAAGAGCCCACUCCAAAAAAGAAGAAGCAGGACAAGCCGAAAGCAGCUUCUUCUGGAGAAGCCAAGAAGAAGUCGACAGCAGAAGAUGCAGAAGAGCCCACUCCAACAAAAAGGAAGCUGGAGCAGGCAAAGCCGCAUUCGAUGCAGGAAUGUACCAAAGAUCCUUCCAAGAGGAAGAAAGCACGCAAAUCAAGCAAGGCGGUGCCACUGUCAGAUGAGGUGGACAGACAGCCGGCCGAUGACAGAGAGGGACCUAGACGAAAUCGGAAGGUACUUCGAGGGAAGGUUGGCAUCAAGAAGAGCGGGAAACCCAAAGGCAAGAGAAGCUAA